GUUUUCUCGUGACGUAAAGCGGGUGGAGUUAGAGAGCGUUUGUUAUGAAAGAUGUCAUUCGUCAGAGGAGCCUUGAUAACUGCGUCAAAGUCAACAAUGUGGAGCUUCGCUAGGUCAUCGACUCUGCUGAACAACCUCCGCGUGAACCAGCAGCUGCAGCGGCUGCCCACCAACACCCCAGCGAGGCUCCAGCGCCUCAGCAGUGCCUCAGCCCAGCAGCAAUCGUCGGUGUCAAAUCCACCUGAAGUGCUCCUCACUGAGUCAUGCGUGAAGAGGUUGGGGGAGAUCAUGGUGAAGGGCGAGUACUUGAGAAUACACGUGGAGGGAGGAGGCUGCUCCGGGUUCCAGUACAAGUUCUCUGUGGAUGGUAACAGGAAUGAAGACGACAGAGUGUUUGAGCAGGGAGGCGUGGGCAUCAUCGUGGACCAGGACAGCCUGGAGUUUGUGAAGGGAUCCACUGUGGACUUCAGCCAGGAGCUGAUACGCUCCGCCUUCCUAGUGCUCAAGAAUCCUCAAGCCGAUCACGGCUGCUCCUGUGGCAGCUCCUUCUCCGUCAAACUAUAACCCUGCUUUCCUGUUACCUCCACUAAUAUGAAUAAACACACAGCCUUACCAGUUUAUCACAUGCACAUGAUCAAAAUAUGCCUACAAAUAAACUGGUAACUCUGGGUAUUAUGUUAUAUUGAACUAUCUGUGAUAUUUUGAAAUUCCACGUCAGUCUGCUAAUAAUUACAAAAAAUGAAACCGGUAGAUAAUCUUUUGCUUUCUUUUUCUUUUUUAAUCUGAGUUUUGUUGUUGUGAUGAAAGGCAGCGAUACUGACAAAUCAUUGCAGAUGGUGAGAGUCAACAGUGUCAACAACAUUCAACUUUGUCAUUUGAAACAAAGGCCCAGUUGAAGUGUUUAUUCAGUGCAUAGAUUUAACUUUUUAUGUAAAUUAUGUAUAUAGGACAUAAAUAUAUGAAUAUAAAGAGCCACGCUAAAUUAUGUUCGUUUCAACUUGAAUAAAACUGAGUGAAUAUGAAAUAUUUAA